AUGGUACCCUACCUUACCAACGAGGGAACAGCAACCACCGUGCACGACUUGAGCGAUGUAGUCAAUACCGAAUUUCUAAUUAUUAGAGCCGGCCCUGCUGGCGCCGCAUUGGCUUGUUUUCUAGGAUCUUAUAGACUACAAAGUAUCAUGAUCAGCAGUGCGCCCGGAACGGCAAAUACACCUCGCGCGCAUAUCACCAAUAUGGUGGCACUAGAAUACCUACAAGAUAUUGGAAACGAUCCCCGACGAAAGGGAAACUAUAAGCUAUUCAAGCCAGUUCUGGUCCGUUAUGUAGCUUUAACUAGCUUUAAGUGCCGGUUCGACACAGCACUUAUUUCUUUUACUAACGAUAUCGAAACUAGCUGGAUCACCGCUAUUGUUGUAAAUAGAUUAUUGCAUAAAGACGUGGACGGUGCCCGCAGCGAGGUGGCCGACCUCUCCUAUCUGGUUAAGAACCGGACAGGAAACCUUCACUGGGUAAUCUGGAUGGGAAUCGUACGCAUGGAAAGAGUUCAGGAAUUUAUCGGCGAUGAUACGCCGGCAGAGAUCCUAAAUGUCUCAAUGUAG